AUGGCUUGUGAAUUAUCUGAGUUGAAAAAACCAAUUCAUUUUUUCAAGAUCAUAGUUACUCAAAGUCUUCAUCAAGAAAAGCUCAUGAUACCAAGAAAGUUUGUGAAGAAAUAUGGAGAAUAUCUUCCAAAAGCUAUAUGUCUAAAGACUCCCAAUGGUGCAGACUGGAAAAUUAGUAUAGUAAAAAAUGAUGGAAAGAUAUGGCUUGAAAAGGGUUGGAAAGAAUUUGCAGACUCUCAUUCUCUAUCUCAUGCCCAUCUUCUUGUUUUCAAAUAUGAAACAGCUUCCCAUUUUGAGGUAAGAAUCUUUGAUAUGAGUGCUCUAGAGAUAAAAUAUCCUGAAGUCAAUAAUGAAGAAGAUUGUAGAGCAAGUCAAAAGAGAAAAUCUUACUCCUCCUUUGAAAUUGGAAGUACUAGUUGCGUUAAAAAAGACAAAGGAAAACAAGGGAAUACAGCACUUGAAAGAGCAGAAGAGUUCAAAACAUGCAAUCCAUCAUUUGUUGUUGUCAUGGGUGCAUCUUAUGUUGGAGGCCGUUUUCUUUUGUUUAUACCUUCCAUGUUUGGCAAGGCACACUUUGAUAUGAACAAGGAGAAAGGAUAUAUUUAUUUCCAGGUGUUGGAUCAUGGAUUAGUUUGGCCUGCAAAGUACUCAACCUGCAGAAGGUGCAAUGGAGGAAUAAUGUUUGAAGUUACAAGUGGGUGGAAGGAAUUCUCAAUGGACAAUAGUUUGAAAGUUGGUGAUGUUUGCAAAUUUGAACUCAUUCUUAGAACUAAUAUGACCUUUCAUGUUCACAUUUUUAGAAACACAAAUGAAGUCAACGCAGAUUGUUCAACAACAUCUGCUAGAGUCUCAUUCUUUCUCAUUUCUAUGCCAAUUCCUCUUCUUUUCUCAUGA